AUGACAAAACAAAAUAAGGAGUGGGCUAUUGGAAUCGAUCUUGGCACUACAUACUCUUGCUUUGCUGUAUGGAAAGAACAACAGUGUAGAGUGGAAAUCAUUCACAACGAUCAAGGCAAUAGACUCACUCCUUCUUGUGUUUCUUUCACAGAAAAUCAAAGGUUGAUUGGCGAUGCCGCUAAGAACUUGGCUUCCAUUAACCCAACAAACACUGUCUUUGACGUAAAAAGGUUGAUUGGCAGAAAAUACAGUGACCCCGUUAUUGAGAAUGAUAUAAGGCUGUGGCCAUUUAAGGUCAUUGCUGAUUCUGAUGACAAACCCAUAAUAGUUGUUUCCUAUAAGGGUGAGGAGAAACGCAUUUCACCUGUAGAAAUCUCAUCUAUGAUCCUUACAAAGAUGCGUGAGAUUGCAGAAUCAUACUUGGACUCAGGCGUUAAGAAUGUUGUGGUAACUGUGCCGGCUUAUUUCAAUGAUUCUCAGCGACGAGCAACCAAAGAUGCUGCUACUAUUGCUGGCUUCAAUGUUAAGCGGAUAAUCAAUGAACCCACGGCUGCAGCUCUGGCUUAUGGGCUUGAGAACAAAGGUAACUGUGAUGGAAAGAGAAAGAGAAAUAUUUUCAUCUUUGAUCUUGGUGGUGGUACAUUUGAUGUGUCUAUUCUCAGAAUGAAAGAUGUUUUUGAAGUCAAAGCAAUUGCGGGUGACACUCAUCUCGGAGGAGAAGACAUGGACAACAGGAUGCUGAAGUACUGCGUAGAGGAAUUCAAGAGAAAGAAUAGAGUGGACAUUAGUGGAAACCCGAAAGCUCUGAGAAGGUUGAGAAGUGCGUGUGAGAGGGCAAAAAGGACACUCUCACAUGCCGUUGAUACCACCAUUGAGGUAGAUUCUUUAUCUGGAGGCAUUGAUUUCCAUUCAUCAAUGACUCGCACGAGAUUUGAGGAACUCAACAUGGACCUAUUUAGAAAGUGUAUGGAGACGGUAGAUAAGUGUGUUGUUGAUUCUAAGAUGAACAAGAGUGAUAUAGAUGAGAUUGUACUGGUUGGUGGUUCUUCUAGGAUUCCCAAAGUGCAACCGCUAUUGCAAGACUACUUUAAGGGAAAAGAUUUAUGCAAGAGAAUUAACCCUGAUGAGGCGGUUGCUCACGGUGCUGCUGUGCUGGCUGCUUUAUUGAGUGACGGCAUUAAAUAUGUUCCUGAAUUGGUGUUAUUGGAUGUUACACCGCUAUCUCUUGGUAUAUCUUUAAACGAAGAUCUCAUGAGUGUUGUGAUUCCUAGGAAUACUGUUAUUCCGGUUAAAAGAAAGAAAGAAUAUACAAGAGUCUUAGACUUCCAAUCCUCCAUCCCAAUCAGGGUUUACGAGGGUGAGAGGACAAGAGCCAGCGAUAACAAUUUGCUUGGUUCCUUUAACUUUUAUGGAAGUCCAAAUGCUCUUCGAGGUCAUCCUUUAACUGUAUGCUUCAGUAUAGAUGCUGAUGGUAUCAUAAGUGUAACUGCUGAGGAAGAAAGCAGUGGAAGAAAGAACAGUAUUACCAUAACCAACGACAAGGAGAGACUAUCAACUGAACAAGUUACGAGAAUGAUGGAAGAAGCCGAGAAAUAUAAGGCUGAAGACAAGGAGUACCAAAAGAAGGUUGAAGCAAUUAAUGCUUUGGAAGAUUUCAUUUACAAGAUAAGAAAAGCUGCAGAGGAUGUUGAUAACAGUUUUAAGCUUGAUCCACAUCACAAAAAGAUCAACGUGGCAAUUGCAGAGGCCAGAAAAUUGCUUGAUGCUAGCCAGGAGACAGAGAAAGAUGUGUUUGUGGAUCAUCUGCGCAAGGUCAAGAAUCUCAUUGAACCCAUCAUGAAGAUCAACUAG